CGGCAUCCCCCCCGCCUUUAGUUCCUGGCGUCUGAGAGGAGAAAGAUGUAUCGUUUCCGUUCACGGGCCUCCACGGGGAUUUCUGCCGCCGCCGCUGCUACAGUCGCCUGCCUCCCUCAAUCACAUCCGCUGCCUCGGUCCGGGAAGCCGGCCUCACAAAGACGUUUCUAUAGUAAAAAGCGCUCUUGCUCUUCGAUCGGCUGAUUGUCACUGACUUCCCGGGCGAAAGGGGUGAAAAGGCCGGGGACCGGAGAAAGCCGGUGCCGGAGCGCCAGGAGGAGCCGCGCGGAGACAUUGCCGUUGGACAGGCCGAGGCCGCCGCCAUGCCCAAGUCUAAGCGGCGAGGAGGGGGGAACCCGCGCGGAACGUCAGGUGCCCAGCACAGAAACAUGCAGCCUUUUAGUGAUGAAGAUGCAUCCAUUGAAACCAUGAGCCACUGUAGUGGCUUCAGUGAUCCUGCUAGCUUCACUGAGGAGGUGGCUGAAGUUGAUGAAGAAACAACCCAAGAAGAUUUGGAGUACAAGCUGAAGGGAUUCAUUGACCUUACAUUGGAUAAGAGUGCAAAGACAAGGCAGUCAGCUCUUGAGGGUCUUAAAAAUGCCUUGACUUCAAAAAUACUUUAUGACUUCAUCCUGGAAAGAAGAGUGACACUAACAGAUAGCAUUGAACGCUGUAUCAAAAAAGGCAAGAGUGAUGAACAGCGUGCAGCAGCCGGGCUGGCUUGCCUACUUUGUGUGCAGCUCGGGUCAGGAAUUGAAAGCGAAGAAGUCUUUAAAACCCUUGCACCAGUUCUGAAGAAGAUACUUUGUGAUGGGUCAGCAAGUGUACAAGCAAGGCAAGCUUGUGCCACCUGUUUGGGAGUCUGUUGCUUUAUUGCCACUGAUGACAUUAUGGAGUUAUAUUCAACGAUGGAAUGCCUGGAGAAUAUCUUCACAAAAUCCUGUCAGAAGGAGAGAAAUUCAAGUGGCAUUUCCAGCACCCAGAACACAGUUCUUCACAUCAGUGCUCUCUUGGCAUGGACCCUUCUGUUGACCAUUUGCCCAACGAAUGAAGUCAAGAAAAAGCUUGAAAUGCACUUACAUAAAUUUCCCAUCUUGCUAUCUUGUGAUGAUGUAAACAUGAGGAUUGCUGCUGGAGAAACAUUGGCUCUUCUGUUUGAACUGGCAAGAGAAACUGAUGCAGAUUUCUUCUAUGAAGAUAUGGAGGUUCUAACACAGAAACUGAAGGCUCUGGCUACAGAUGGGAAUAAGCACCGGGCAAAGGUGGACAAAAGGAAACAGCGGUCUGUGUUCAGAGAUGUCUUGCGAGCUGUGGAGGAGCAUGAUUUUCCCACAGAGACAGUCAAAUUUGGACCAGAGCGCAUGUACAUUGAUUGUUGGGUUAAAAAACAAACAUAUGAUACUUUCAAGGAAGUCUUGGGGUCAGGUUUGCAGUAUCAUUUGCAGUCCAAUGAGCUCCUCCGGAAUAUCUUUGAACUUGGGCCACCCCUGAUGCUUGAUGAUGCAGCUCUUAAAGCCAUGAAGAUACCCCGUUUUGAAAGGCAUCUGUACAACUCUGCAGCAUUCAAAGCUCGGACAAAGGCUCGAAGCAAAUGUCGUGAUAAAAGGGCAGAUGUGGGCGAAGUUUUCUAGAGCAAUUAUUGAAGAUCCUUAACUGGUUAAAAUCCACUUCCUGUUGUGUAUAACUGCAGUGUAUAAUGAAAUGAAGCUUUUUAAACUAUACCUCUUAGGUAUCUUAUUGUACGUCUUUACAAUAUUGAUGUAGCAUAUGUUAACUACAGUACCUAGUUGGAAAUGUGGUGUGUGUAGGUUAGAAUGUAGAAAGGUGGGGGGAAGCUUCUUACACUUUAUGGUGGUUAAGAUUGGCUCUUUUUGGCAUAAUCUGUAUCACUAUUAGUUACAUGGUGCUGAGGCCUGUUUUGAUUCUGCUCCUUGUUUUUAACAAGCUAAUGAACUAGAUGGCAGGGCAAAACAAGCCUCCCAACGAGCUGCUAUUUUUAGUCAACAGCAUUUUAAAACUAGAAGCAUGUAGACUGCUAAGUGACCCUGGUGUUCCAUUCAGGGAUCCCUCAAACCUCCUAUGGUAACAAUGAAGUAGCACAAAUGUUAACAGAAAUGUUACACAUUGUAUGCUGAAAUGUGGAUAAUAAAUCUGUUUAUCUCUGAAA